AUGCAGUCCCUCAACAUCACCCCUGAGCUGAUCUCCAGGCUCCUGCAGGAGAACAACCUCACCCGGGAGCGGUUCAUUGAGCUUUACCAGCUGCAGCCCCUCAUCUACAUCCCAGAGCUCCCUGCCAGCACCAAGGUUGCUUUUGUGACAAUAUGUGUGCUGAUAUUUGUGCUGGCACUGUUCGGAAACUCCCUGGUCCUCUAUGUGGUGACCACAAGCAAAGCCAUGAGGACAGUCACCAACAUUUUCAUCUGCUCCUUGGCUGUGAGCGACCUGCUCAUUGCCUUUUUCUGUAUCCCCUUCACUAUGCUCCAGAACAUCUCGUCCAACUGGCUGGGAGGUGCCUUUGCAUGCAAAAUGGUCCCAUUUGUCCAGUCUACAGCCAUUGUCACAGAGAUCCUCACAAUGACAUGCAUUGCCAUAGAAAGGCAUCAGGGAAUCAUACAUCCUUUAAAGAUGAAAUGGCAGUACACUGAUAGAAGAGCUUUUACAAUGCUAGGUUUUGUAUGGCUAACAGCAGCACUUGUUGGUAUUCCACUAUGGAAAGUACAAAAACUGGAGAUUAAAUAUGACUUUUUGUAUGAGAAACAGUAUGUAUGCUGCCUGGAGAAAUGGACCAGCCACGUCCACCAGAAAGUCUACACAACCUUUAUUCUAGUGAUCCUGUUCCUCCUUCCACUAACAUUGAUGCUUCUGCUCUACAGUAAAAUUGGUUAUGAACUCUGGAUUAAGAAACAAGUUGGAGAUGCUUCAGUUCUGCAAACUAUCCAUGGCAAUGAAAUGUCUAAAAUAUCCAGGAAGAAGAAGCGAGCUAUCAUAAUGAUGAUAACAGUGGUUGUCCUUUUUUCAGUCUGCUGGGCACCAUUUCAUGUUGUGCAUAUGAUGAUAGAAUACAGUAAGUAA